GAUUAGACUUCUUUGAGAUUGUGUACGUAAAUUUUACUUCAUAUUGUACCGACUUUUAAUAAUCAUCUGUGUGCUGUCGAAUUGCUUGCCGGCUGCGCAAGCUGUGUGAAUUCCCGAAUUCUUAUUUUUGGUUCUUUAAAGAUUAGCUAGCAUAUAAUAGAAGGUGUAGUUCGUUUUAUGCCACCAAGAUGUCGUUCCAUUGGUGUGAUAAUAUUCAUACCACGGUUUUAACACCGCGUGAUUAUCAAAUCGAGCUUCUUUCUGCGGCCUAUGAACGUAAUGUGAUAAUAUGUCUUGGUCACAAAUCUUCCAAAGAAUUUAUUGCAUUGAAGUUACUCCAGGAGCUGGCUAGACCAGCAAGAAUAGCGGGAAAAGUAAACUUGUAUCUAACAUGUGAAAAGUCGUCACCAUCAAUCACAACCAUGAUAGAACAUCUGACGGAUUUGAAGGUGUAUAAAGAUGAAGCCAAGAUCGAUAGCUCACCGAAUAUACCGAAAAACUUUCAACUAUAUGUUCUACAUCCGCACUCUUGUUUGGAAGCUCUGCGAAGUGGAGAGUUGAGUUUGGAAAAGGUACAGCUCUUGAUUUUGGAAGAUUGUCAUGAAGCUAACGUCUGCAUGGAUUUACGGCAAAUUUUCACUGAAUUUUUCAAUAACCUUGAUAGUGAAAAACCAAAAGUAUUGGGCUUAGCAGGACCUUUGCAUAGCGCUGAGUGCUCAUUACAAGAACUUAGUGCAAUGUUAAACACGCUGGAAAGCAGUGUGCAUUGCAAGGCAGAGACCGCUAGUGACAUUGUCACGGUACUAAGGUAUUGUGCAAAACCCAGUGAACUUAUAGUGCAAUGUACACCAUAUCAACGUGAUGAGCUUAGCGCCGUGCUGGAAGAAAUCAUUUGUACCCGAAAAGCUUUCUUAACUGAUCAUCGCUACGAUCCUUUUGAAAUCUACAGUACAGACGAAUAUAUAGAGGAAUUAAAAGACAUACCCGAUCCAAAGGAGGAACCCAUGGGCUUCCUGGAGACUAUGCUACUUGUACUCUAUGAAAUGGGGCCGUGGUGUGCUGAUCGUGUAGCCGUUAAUAUGUACCACCGCAUAGAAAACCAAAAAAUAAAAACACCACAUGAACGUCACUACAUUUUACUUUGUGUUGUGAGUACAGCGCUUUUGGAAUUUCAUGCUAUUUGCGAGCAAACAUUCAAAAAAAUUACCAAUCACAAAGAACUGGUAGAACGUUAUUCAAGUCCAAAGGUCUUCCGCUUACUGGAAAUUUUACGUUUAUUUAAACCAGAAGAAUUAUUAACGAAAAAUGAAACAAUUCAUAAAAUGGGUCAGGAUUUAGAUAAGAUGGAUUUCCAAAAACUCAGUCGGAAUAUCGAAUACAGUUGCCAAAAUGUCGAAAAUGUUACCGCAAAAUUACAAAUUGAGUCUCGCUCGAUAAUUGACAAUUUGGAUCCGAUAGUAAAACCAAGUCCAACUUAUGAACGAAAGCAGCACGUACAGGUCAAUACAUCGACCAGACCAGAAAAUACAACCGGAACAAACCGGCGGCAUGGUGGUUCACAUGGACGUUUCAAACGGCGACCUUUCAAUCGUCGACACAUGCGAGAUGGUGGUGACGGAUUGGAUACUCUCUGUGCGAUCAUUUUCUGCAAUUCAAAUUACACAGCGCGAGUAUUGUUCGAUUUGCUAAGUGAAAUGAGUCGACACGAUCCUGACUUGAAAUUUUUGAAAUGUCAAUAUACAACAGAUCGUGUGGCUGAUCCAAUUACGGAACCGAAAGAAGCUGAAUUAGAGCACAGACGUCAGGAAGAGGUACUUAAACGUUUUCGCAUGCACGAUUGUAAUGUUUUAAUUGGAACUUCUGUGCUGGAGGAGGGCAUCGAUCUGCCAAAAUGUAAUUUGGUUGUGCGCUGGGACGCACCUACAACAUAUCGCAGUUAUGUACAAUGUAAGGGACGUGCGAGAGCGGCUCCUGCAUAUCAUGUAAUAUUAGUAUCACCGGGUUAUCAUGCAAUUCAGAGCAAAAAUGAGCAACUAAGUGACCAAAGCCAUAGUUAUUUAUGUAAACUCGAUGAUGGGCAGGAUGAUAUAAUUGAAUCUGAUUCUUUUAGUGAUGAUGAGACUGCCAGUAAUGGCACAACAAAUAAGUUCACUAUUGGUUCUUCUAAGGGAAUCGUAAAAAUAUUGAAUCCUGAAGUCAUUACAAAUAAACCACCAACAAAAAGCGAUAUUGUUCUAAAGGAAAUUACGGAUGAGUUACCUGCCAUUAAAGGCGUAGAAGAUAAGGAGGUGGAUGUCGUUGACAUUGUGGAAAUGAAUGGGAAAUCGAGUGAGAAAUAUGAAACAAAUGCUGUGAAAGAAACAGAAACAAAAUCUUCACUCAAUAAUUCCUUAAAUGAUUGCUACGAAGUGUUAAGUCUUAGUGAUGCUAUAUCGGAGAUAACCAGUUCAUUGAAUGAUUCUGGUUCAAACUCCCUAUUAAAAGACACUACAACAUCUUCAAACUCCGCAUCACCAAAGAAAUCAAAAACUGAAAAGCGUCGUUUUAAUUGCCUUUGUGAAAAUAAAAAUCAUGCUGAGAACUUGCCCAAGGCGUUCGAUGGAAUGGUUAGACAAAUAGAGUGCACCACUAACAAAAUAAUCGAGCAACUAGCAGAGUAUCGGGAAAUUGAAAAAAUACUUCUACAAAAAUGCGCUAAUACUGAGCCUCCGGAGGCGGAGCACCAUAUGGCUGAUUAUUUUAAUAAAUGCGUAAAGCGCUACAAGCCCUUGGAACACCUACUGACAGGCGCUUCGGUGGAUCUCACUUCUGCCAUCGCUUUAGUAAACAAAUACUGUUCCAAACUGCCAAGUGAUACAUUCACUAAGCUUACUGCGCUCUGGCGUUGUUCCAAAUCAACUCGGUGCGGCGUCGAAGUGUACCAAUAUACAAUACGUCUUCCCAUAAAUUCACCAUUAAAAUAUGACAUAGUAGGUCUUCCGGCUUCAUCCAACAUACUGGCGCGUAGAUUGGCUGCAUUGCAAGUCUGUAUAGAACUACAUAAACGAGGUGAAUUAGAUGACAAUUUGCAACCGAUAGGAAAGGAGGGCUUCCGUGCUAUGGAGUCCGAUUGGGAGAAUUUCGAAUUGGAGGAGGAAGAUGAAAAAAUCGUGCAUGAAAAUUCAGAACCACGUCCCGGCACAACGAAACGUAGACAGUAUUAUUAUAAGCGAAUCGCGUCGGAAUUUAGUGACUGUCGACCAACUGCUGGUGUACCGUGUCAUUUAUAUUUCAUUGACUUGACACUACAGUGUCCCAUUCCGGAGGAGCAAAACACACGUGGCCGCAAAAUCUAUCCACCUGAAGACGCACAACAAGGUUUCGGUAUACUUACACUAAAACGCAUACCCAAAGUCAGUUCCUUUCCUAUUUUUACACGUUCUGGGGAAGUUAAAGUAUCCAUAGAUCUCUCAAAGGAGAGUGUGGUGCUUACCGAAACACAAAUACGUUGCAUCAAUACAUUCCUCAACUAUACAUUUACAAACGUAUUGCGUCUACAAAAGUUUCUUAUGCUCUUCGACCCUGAUUCCACCGAAAAUUGUGUAUUUAUUGUGCCGACUGUAAAAAAAAGUGGUAGGAAAAUAAUCGAUUGGGAUUUCCUCGAGUUGAUUGAAAAGAACGCAGGAAUGAUGCCAACUCCAGUGCCAGAGGAAUCGCGCAUAUCUAUUGAUUUUGAUGCUAAUAAGUUUAGAGAUGCCGUCGUAAUGCCUUGGUAUCGCAACCAGGAUCAACCACAAUAUUUUUACGUUGCUGAAAUUUGUCCACAACUCUCACCGCUAAGUUGUUUUCCUGGCGAAAACUACCGUACCUUUAAACACUACUACUUUCUCAAAUAUCAGCUAAACAUACAGAAUGUCAAGCAACCGUUAUUAGAUGUGGAUCAUACGAGCGCACGCUUAAACUUUCUCACACCACGUUAUGUAAAUCGAAAAGGUGUAGCCUUGCCCACCAGUUCGGAGGAAACUAAACGUGCCAAACGCGAAAAUCUCGAACAAAAACAAAUUCUCGUACCCGAAUUGUGCACUGUACACCCAUUCCCCGCAUCGCUUUGGCGUACAGCCGUUUGCUUACCUUGCAUACUCUAUCGCAUCAAUGGACUGCUACUAGCAGAUGACAUACGCAAAAAGGUGGCGUUAGAUAUUGGGCUUGGACAGCAGGAUAUUCCCGAUGACUUCGAAUGGCCAAUGCUGGAUUUCGGUUGGAGUUUAUCGGAAGUGUUGAAAAGAUCAAAAGAAAAUAAGAAUGUACCUGGGGAAAAAACAAUUGAACCUGGUCAAAAGGAAGGAAAAGACAAACAAGGCAAUGGCUUGGGCAUGGAUAAUGGAGUCAAUGGCAACAGCUCAGACGAUAAUCUAUCUACGAAGACAAAGAGCGCAAACGAAAUCAUAAUAGAAGGUGAAAGAAAGCUGAAGGAUAGCACAUUCAUUGAGAUAGGUACUUGGUCAAAUGAAAUGGCGGAUGACAUUAAUCUCAAUAAAAACUCGGAGUCCAUGGAUGAUGAUGAGGAGGAGUGCUUGAAAUACUUUCCAUCGAAUGUUAGCUUCUGUGAUCAACAAAUGCGCUAUGGCUCACCCACUUUUUGGGAUGUAAAAGAGUCUGAAUUGAACCACAAACCACAAGAUCAAGUGCACAACAAGUGCAACGACACAAAUAGCUUUGCUAAAAAUUCAUUUGCUUACUAUGACUCGGACGAUUCAUUCGCAUCUAGUUACGAUGGUAAUGAUCGGGCAAAUUAUAGUGAUGACGAAGAUGAUACUGGUCCUCUGCGCAUUGCAUUCACCUCAAGGAAUGAAGCAGAAACGAUAGAGACCGAUCAGGAAAUUGAGAAGCGCAACAAACAACUCUCCAUAAUACAAGCAACCAAUGCGAAUGAACGUGAUUAUCAAAAAACCAAAAACUUGCUUGUCGGUUAUAAUUUUGUGGACCUAAAGCCGAGCAUAGAAACGGAAAUACGUCGAUCCAUCGAACAGUUCACGACCUCCACACGUCUAAUGAAAGAAACAAUCGAACAGUCAAGUAUGCUCGUGAAAUACAAUCAACCAGUGUUGUUGGCACGCAAGGACACGACUAAUAGCCACACUGAUAAACGCGAUGAAACGCCUUCUAUUGAGGCAUUUUGUCAACUGUUGCCUUAUGCCGAUAAAAAUAAGUUAGUUGACAUUUUAAACGAGCGCCGAAAUGUGCUGACCAUCUGGGAUAUUGCGCAGUUGAAUGAUGAAUAUUUGAAAACUCAAAAUGUUGAGUUUUUCGAAAUUCAAGGUAGUGGUGAUAUAUUUGAUAAUUUUAAUGAUAAGAAUUUUUUGAAACUGAAACCCAAUGGCGAGGAAUGUAAGAAACUUAUUAAGCUGAAAUUUGAGCAGGAAGAACCCUCCACUGACAAAAAUAACCUAGUGCCUGCAAAGACCGAAAAUAGAAACAAUGACGGCAACACCUUUAGUUUCGAUCGCCAACCAAAUUUGACUGGUCAUCCCGGUCCUAGUCCCAGUAUCAUCCUACAAGCGUUAACCAUGUCCAAUGCCAAUGAUGGCAUUAAUUUGGAGCGCUUAGAAACCAUUGGCGAUUCAUUUCUGAAAUAUGCCAUCACCACUUAUUUGUACAUAACAUAUGAAAACGUACAUGAAGGUAAACUUAGCCAUUUGCGUUCGAAGCAAGUAGCCAACUUGAAUCUGUAUAGAUUAGGACGCCGGAAAAAUCUUGGCGAAUAUAUGAUAGCAACAAAGUUUGAGCCUCACGAUAAUUGGCUGCCACCUUGUUACUACGUGCCGAAAGAGUUGGAGAAGGCACUCAUCGAGGCGAAGAUACCACCACAUCAUUGGAAGCUCGCCGAUUUGGCCAACAUUAAAAAACUGAACAGCACCGAAAUAUGCGCUUUAGUUCGUGAAAAGGCUGACAAAUUGGGCCUAUUCGGAGAUGAAUGCAAUUAUAACGAGGAUGCUGUUGCUCUUGAUGAAAGUGGUGAAGGCAAUGAUUUUACUUGCUUCAUACCAUAUAAUCUUGUUACGCAGCAUAGUAUACCGGAUAAGUCGGUUGCCGAUUGUGUUGAAGCGUUAAUUGGAGCCUACCUUAUCGAAUGCGGACCGCGUGGCGCUCUAUUGUUUAUGGCUUGGUUGGGUAUACGUGUACUCCCCUAUGUACGUAAACCAUACGAUCCAUUGAAGCCUCGUGUACCAGGCAGUACAAAUCCUGAUGAUAACAGCGAGAUAACAGUAUAUGGCGAAUGGACAGCUCCAAAAAGUCCACUUUUACUUUACUCACCCAACGCCACUCAGGAACUUGAGAAUAUGCUCGAGGGUUUCGAUGAGUUUGAGCGCACUUUAGGUUAUAAAUUUCGCGAUCGUUCCUACCUGCUGCAGGCCAUGACUCAUGCCAGCUAUUCACCGAAUCGCUUGACUGAUUGCUAUCAAAGGUUAGAGUUCCUGGGCGAUGCAGUGCUUGAUUAUUUAAUAACACGACACCUUUACGAAGACCCUAGACAACAUUCGCCUGGUGCGCUGACAGAUUUACGUUCAGCAUUAGUAAAUAACACCAUAUUUGCAUCGUUAGCUGUACGCCAUGGCUUCCACAAAUAUUUCCGUCAUCUUUCGCCUGGUCUUAAUGAAGUUAUCGACCGUUUUGUGCGUAUACAAAAUGAAAAUGGUCACAGUAUUAGUGAAGAAUAUUAUCUGCUUUCGGAAGAAGAGUGUGAUGAUGCGGAAGAUGUUGAAGUGCCUAAAGCUUUGGGUGAUGUAUUUGAGUCAAUUGCCGGUGCCAUAUUCCUCGAUUCGAAUAUGUCAUUGGACGUUGUGUGGCAGGUGUAUAGUAAUAUGAUGAAACCGGAGAUAGAACAAUUUAGCAAUUCAGUGCCAAAAUCGCCAAUAAGAGAACUGCUCGAACUAGAGCCAGAAACUGCCAAAUUCGGAAAACCGGAGAAACUGGCUGACGGAAGACGAGUGCGUGUGACCGUUGAAGUGUUCUGUAAAGGUACAUUCCGUGGUAUUGGCCGUAACUACCGUAUAGCGAAAUGCACAGCCGCUAAAUGUGCACUGCGUCAAUUAAAGAAACAAGGCUUAAUAACAAAGAAGGAUUAAACCCCAUCUUGUUGAAAGCGUUUUCAUACGUAUUCUAGAUAUCAAUAUACAAAUGUUCGAUCAGAUCUUGUAUUUAUAGCAAUAUUAGAAUUCGCAAUCGUAUUUUUAAUUAAAAUAAAUUUUCACUACAUAUUUUAAUUAGUCUGAUUACAUGUAAGCUUAAUGUUCGGUGUGCAAAUAUAUUCUCGUUUUCAUUUUA